UUCAUCAUCACUCAAAAACAGCCCUUGGACUUUGAGAGUAAAAAAUCCUACACUCUGAAGGUUGAGGCGACCAACAUUAUAAUGGACCUUCGAUUUAGCAGUGGAGGCCCUUUCAGAGAUACAGCCACGGUGAAGAUCACAGUGGAGGACUCAGAUGAACCGCCUGUAUUCUCGUCAGCUGGUUAUCUUCUGCAGGUUCAUGAGGAUGCUACCGUUAACACAGUCCUUGGGCAGGUGUUUGCCUAUGACCCAGAUUCCACUGCUAGCUCCAUCAGAUACUUAAUUGAUCGUCACACAGACCUUGAAAGGCAAUUCAACAUAAACACUGACAAUGGAAAGAUAAUGCUCGCCAAACCACUGGACAGGGAGAUGGACAUGUGGCAUAACAUCACUGUGACAGCUACAGAAGUCAGAAACCACAGUCAGAUCUCUAGAACUACUGUGACCAUUAAAGUUUUAGACAUCAAUGACAAUGCACCUCAGUUUGCCAAAGACAAGGAGGUGUUCCUCUGUGAAAAUGGAAAACCUGGUCAGGUGAUAGAGACUGUCAGUGCCAUUGACAAAGAUGACCCAAUUAAUGGACACGUUUUCAUCUAUAGACUGGCAUCAAACAAUCCAAAUUUUACAAUAAAAAACAAUAUAGGUAAAUUGUGGCUGUUCCAUCAGCAUGCAUUGUGAUAUUUAUAGUUCCAGUUAUAUCAAAGGACACACAGUAGGUCAUUUCACUUGAUGUAUAGA